AGCCUGGGCUGGAGCUACGUUACCCAGAGCUACCCAGUUAGCCUAGCUCCUGUGCUAGCUGCGGCUAAGUGCUUAUUCCAGUCAGGGGGGAGGGUGUCGCUGCUGCGCUUUUCCGCGGCUUGUUUUCCAAGCUUUCCCGAACACACUUGUAUCAGCUGCCAUUAGAUAAUGUGUACGCGUGUGUGUUCAAUCUAAUAACGAGUCAAAGGGCUCCAGACACACGGCAGCACAGAGCAGCUUAGCCUCUGCUAGCUACUGCGCUACCUUACGUUAGCCGGGCUAGCUAGCAGGCUAAUGUAUGCUAACACAAGGAUUCGUCAAUGUUGCCCAGACUGGCGCUGAUAACCCGUCACCAUCACGUAGCCUAACGCAGCCAGCACCGUGUAUUUCUCCUAUUUGUAUCGAUUCCAGGGCUCUGGCGCUAAAAGCCCCCUCUGUUGACGAGCACCACUGUUGUUAGCGAAUGCACUGUCAUCAAGAAGCAGACAGUCCGAGGCCUCUCGCCACCAACCAGGUGUGAGCUGUGACGCGUGUUUGAAAGGGAACUUUAGAGGACGACGGUUCAAGUGUUUAAUUUGCUACGACUACGACCUGUGCGCAUCGUGCUACGAGAGCGGAGCCACAACAACGAGACACACCACAGAGCACCCCAUGCAGUGUAUAUUAACCAGGGUAGACUAUGACCUGUAUUAUGGAGGAGACACUUUUUCAGUAGAGCAACCGCAGUCGUUCACAUGUCCUUACUGUGGCAAGAUGGGCUACACAGAGACGUCCCUACAGGAGCAUGUCACCUCAGAGCAUGCAGAGACUUCCACAGAGGUGAUCUGUCCAAUAUGUGCUGCCUUGCCAGGAGGUGAUCCAAACCACGUCACAGAUGACUUCACAGCUCACCUCACACUCGAACACAGAGCGCCAAGAGAUUUAGAUGAGUCCAGCAGUGUUCGACAUGUACGCAGGAUGUUCCACCCUGGACGAGGACUGGGUGGUCCCAGAGCACGACGCACAAAUAUGCACUUUACUAGUGGCUCCACAGGAGGACUAUCAUCCUCCUCAUCACAGAGCUCCACAUACACCCCCAGUAACAGAGAGGCAAUGGACCCCAUCGCAGAGUUGUUGUCUCAGCUGUCAGGUGUGCGGCGUGCAGCAGGGGGGCAAAUAAACUCGUCGGGGCCUUCGGCCUCCCAGCUCCAGCAGCUUCAGAUGCAGCUGCAGUUAGAGCGGCAGCAGGCACAGGCGGCGCGGCAGCAAGUGGAGACGGGCCGCCACCCAACACGACGCAGCAACAACCCGGGCAACACUGGCACCACCAUCCCUCCACCCAGCACAGCAACUGCCAAUUCUGCCACAGUGGGUGAAAACAAUCCUUCGUCCUCGUCCCACAGCUCCCAGUUCCUAUUAGCACGGUUGAAUGAACCUAAGAUGUCCGAAGCAGAGCGGCAGUUUCUAGAAGGAGAGCGCGCGGACCGCAGCCUGUUCGUGCAGGAGCUGCUGCUGUCGACGCUGAUGCACGAAGAGAGCUCCUCCUCUGACGAGGAAGAGCGUCGAGACUUCGCCGACUUCGGGGCCAUGGGCUGCGUGGAUAUCAUGCCUUUAGAUGUGGCGCUGGAGAACCUCCAGCUCAGAGAGAGCAGCUCCACAGGCAAGGAGCCUCCGCCGCCUCCUCUUUGAUGUCCGAGCAUCAAGCAGACUGUGUCCUCUCUGCUGCAACUGUCAGUGAUGGACAGCAAAACAGCGGCAGUCCUCCCCCCCCGUCCCCGUCCCUCUGGCCUCACCCUUUUUUCUCCCUCUUCAUUUUCUGAGUUUGUUUUUUGGUGAUUGUAAUUUCAGGCCUGUCACCAUUUUUGUUACAUUGUAAACAAGAAUAAAUGAGAGAAAGUGGGAUAAAUGUACGAGUGCGCAAUAGCAAGUGAGCAAGCGAGAAAUAUAUAAAUAUAUAUAUAUAUAAAUAUAUAAAAUAUAUAUAUAUGAAGUUGAUAAUCAAUCCACAUAACUUUUCUUUUUCAGGUAAAUGUUACAGGCAGCUGUGGCAGACCUUUGCUUCCUGUGACAUGCAAACAAACGGCUCUCCGUAAAAAAAAAAAUACUCCACAUUCAAAAGUCAAGAGAGCAUAGGCUCCUCUGAUGAAGCUGCUGUGUGUGUGUGUUAAUGACUAUUAAUAAAUAAAAAGUGCUUGGAUGGGUUA